UGGCCUAUUCUUUAAGACUGACUGACUGGAUACAAGCCUUAGUUAGCUGAACUCUGUCCCUUUCGUUACCAUGCUUUUGAUGCUGAAUACAAGCCGCAGGGUCUGUGCCAGAGUUGGGCUUGGACGCGGGGCUUCCAGGCCGGCCUCCUUGAGCCUUCACUCUGACCAAACCCGGGGGCCGUUUCGAGUGCUGCGUAAGACUGAAUGAGCCGGCAUCUGACCCGGCCUUCUGCAGGCAGCCCUAGGUGGGAGCAGACCGGAGCUGCCCCUGGCUGUGGCCAGCAAGCAAGCCAAGCAGGGGGGUGGCCGGGGGUGUCGUGUGGCCUGUUGGCCUUGAGCUUCCUUGCAGUUGAGUGCCCAGCUCAGCUCUUGUCUCUCUGACCCCUCUGCACUCCUGCCCCUGUUGAGACCCCACAGCCGGCUUUCUGGGCCCGGCUGACACGGCUGCCUGGCUUUCCCCUGCCCUGUGGUCACUGCAGGCACCCCUGCCCCAUUCGCAAGUGUGGCAUGUGGGGCCAGGGAUGCAGAAACAUGGCGGCUGCGUGCCCGUGGGGCGGCCAAAGCCGUGGGGCUCUAGGUGGAAGAGGGGUGGGGGGUGCGAGCCAUUGCAUGGCUCCUUCCCAUCGGACCGGGUGGGUUGACGUUGUUGCCCCCUUGAAAGGUGGGGAGUUGUUUGGAUAAGCGGGGGCACCAACUUAGGUCCUUUCACUCCCAUCUGCUGAGCUGCCUCAGCUUCCUUUGCUGUUCCUUUCUAAUUAGACAGCUUUCUGUUAACUUAUGCCUAAACUGUUGGCUUGUUUGGACUAGGGGAGAUUUUCCACAUAUGAAGCAAGUCUCUUCCGCCGAUCCCUCCUUGCCGCCCUCGGUGCUCACCCUGGCAUGACCAUCACAGCUGAAUUUGCUCAGGCCCUUCUGGACAUAAAGGAAAAUUUGGCCCGGCCAGCCUGAAUUUCCAGAAAGUGGCUGUUGAUUAAGCAUGCUUGGACUUCAGCCCUGCCUCCUAAUCCCCAUCUAAAAAACCGAUGGCAUUUCUCAAACCCCAGAUAUUCUCGGAUUGGUGUAACUUAGGCCAAUGGUUAAUUAUUUUGUAAACGUUUUUGCUUGCUUUAUUCGGGUUUUCACAUUAAUUGACUCGCUUGCCAAAAAUGGGAGUUUCUGAGGGUCCUGGAAACACGGUGUUGAGAAGUGGUGAGAGACGUCUCGCCUGGCCACGUUUUCCAUCUAGGACACCCUUUUGAAAGCCACUGUUUGAUCUACGUAAUCCAGAGCAGCUGUCCUGGAUCGCAUGGCUUCCAGAUGCCUCCCAGAUUUCCUGCUCAUCAGCCAUGCUGGCUGGGCAUGAUGGGAGCUGAAAUCCAAAAUGUCCAGAGUUGAGAAGGCUGGUCACAAAGGUGCAGACACCCAGGCGUUGCGAGUCUCCUCACAAUCAGGGACCAGAAGCCAAAAAUGCAGCUUUUUGGCUCGUUUUCACUCUGAUCAGACCCGGAACCCCAAACACGAAUUGGGGCCUUCCAGGGAUGGGGGAGGCUCUGCCCCUUUCCCACUUGGCAGGGGCCUGAUGCUGGUCAGGGAGCGAUGGCCGCAAUUUCUGUAGCCAGAGCGUGGUUCAUUUGCUUAAUGGCUCUCCGUCUUGCGGUAGGAAUCACAGGUGUGUGGCUCUCGCCAGUCCAGCUGGGUCCCAAAGAAACUGGGAAAGGGUUAAAGCGCCCCUCUGCUGGGGCUCCAGCCCUGACUGGGAACCCGGUGUCUACUCCAGAAUAAACACGGAAGGCAUGAGAAUGGAGCUGGCUUCUAGUUAAUAUCUGCUUUGCCCCAGAGGAAAGGAGGGGCAGGUUGCUUCGUCCAUCCUGGUAGGAACCAGGGGCCGCAUCCUGCAAUGAGGCCAGGAGUCUGCCUUUCCAGGAUGGCCACUGGAAGGGAUGGAACAGGCUUCUAGCCUCUGAAUGGGCUGCCGGCUCCUGCAGCCGACUUGGGAUGCUGGUAUGCAGUUGUUUAUAGCAGAAGCAAGAUGGUCCCACCCUGAGCCGUUUGCAGUAAACAUUUCGAGGGGGUGGAGGUGGGGAGCCGGCCGGGUGAGCUGUGGACGAGCGUGAGCAUCUGCAGCUGCGUGGACGCCACGUUGGCUUGUGGCCGGGAGCAGGGACUCAAGCGGAAGGCAUUUCCGGAAAGGUGAGUCAGCCCACAGAAAGAGGCCAAGCGGAGCCGAAGUGGUGGCGGUCGCCAGGAAAGGAGGCACCUAGAAAAGAAGCCCUCCAGGUGGUUGAGCAGCAAGCGGGGGGGCCGUGCCUCCUGCAUCGCGUUCCCUCCCCACAUGGGUCACCUUCGUGCUGCCAUCCCAACCCGGCAUCUUCCAGCUAUUUUGGACUACAGUUCCCACCAUUCCGGGUAAUUGGCCAAAUGGUGGAGGCUGAGAAGAGCUGAAGGCCAGCACAACUGGAGGGCACCUGUCGGGGGUUAAGAAAGCUGCCAGAUUCCUCCUGCUUUUAAGCACUGUCUGAAAGAUCUGAAAAAAAGUAGCUCAUUCUCGCUGCAAAGAGGCAGGUUUGAGUUAAACCUGAGCUGGAACAUCCAAAUUAUAAAAGCAACAGAUCUUGGGCACCUGAAAGGCAAACAGGCGUAUUACAAGUUAAGCUUCUGUGGAUUAGUUCUACCAUAAAUCUGAUAACCUUUAAAGCUGUAGGUGAGCUCCAUAUUGCUGGACUACAACCCCCAUCCUCUCUGGCCACUGGGCUUGCUGCCUAUCGCUGAUGCGAGUUGUAGGCCAAAGCGUAUGGGUGCUCCAACGCUCUGUUCUGGCUGCGAGCUGCUGAUGGGCUUGGGGACUCCUUGGCACGUUCCUACAGGCAGGGUCCUUUUGGUUGAGAAAGAUGUGGCUUAGGAAGGUCUCUUUUGUUGGAGGCGUUAAUAACCAGGCGGAAGUCCUCACUCAGCCUAACUCAGCCCUGAGCUCCCUGCAGGGCAGCACCUCGGUGGAAGAGACAGCGCUCUUCAGACCCGGCAUCUCCAGGUCACAACCAGUCCGCAGCAUGCUGCAGUGCUGAGGGCUGCGACCUGUUGCAUGUUUAGCCAGAGGGAAGUCCCAGUCCUCUGUGUCACGCCAGGAAGUCAACAUCUUUUUCUCUGCAGUUUGCAGAAGUGCUGCAGAAAAGGCUGUUUUCUCGACGGCCACCAUGGCAUCCUUGUGAGUGGUGGCCAGCAGAGGUUGGAUCACCCGGAAAGCUCCGGGUUCCCUGACGCUCCGGUCUUCUUUCAGAUCCAGGAAUGGAACGUCGAGGCUCAGCACCUCAUGCCCCUGCAGCCUCCCCUCGUCCCCGAGCUGAGCCACAUGCGGGAGGCCCAGCUGCACACGGCCGAGGCCUCGCUCUGGAGCGUGGUGGCCACCGUCCAGGCCAUGGAGAGGAAGAUCGACCUGCUGGCCACGCGGCUGCUCAGCCUCGAGGGCCGGUCCGGCACCGCCGAGAAGAAGCUGCUGGACUGUGAGAAGACGACCAUGGAGUUCGGGAACCAGCUGGAGAGCAAGUGGGCCGUGCUGGGCACCCUGAUCCAGGAGUACGGGCUGCUGCAGCGGCGGCUGGAGAACAUGGAGAACCUGCUGAAGAACCGCAACUUCUGGGUGCUGCGGCUUCCGCCAGGCGCCAAGGGAGAGAUCCCCAAGAUGCCGGUGACGUUUGUCGACAUAGCGGUGUAUUUCUCCGCCGAGGAGUGGAAGAACUUGGCCGAAUGGCAGAAGGACCUGUACAACAACCUGGUGAAAGAAAACUACGAGUCUUUGCUGAGCUUAGGCGCAGAGGUGAACCUUUCCAAGCCGGAGGCCCACCCCAGGAUCGAGCGGGGAGCCGAGCCGUGCCUGGCCGAGCAGGAGAGCGCCAAGGAGCGGGAGAUCGCCGCGGAUCCCUGCGCAGCAGAGCCCUUGAUGGCCACCCCCGACCUCUUGACCCGCAUCAAGCAGGAGGAGCCUUUCGCUGGAGGAGGGCCGUUCCCGCAGGAGCGCGGAAUCCCUCCCGACCCGUGUGCAGGUGCCGAGGUCCUCAUGUCCGCCCACGACUUCUUGUCGUGGAUCAAGCAAGAGGAGGAGCCGUGUGUGCGCGGACACUGGGAGUCGGCGGGGAGAGACAUCCUCGCAGGCCCCGGCACAGCCGGGGACACCAUGGCGGUCAAAGCGGAGGAGCAGCGCCCCUGCCCGGAGGAGCCAGCGAGGCCCAGGGAGGCGAUGUUUCCGGGAGAGCCCCCGGCGGAGACCUACGCGGGCCCCUGCGGCUCGGCCCCGCGGCCCCUGAGCCCGGCCCGCAGCAGGCCCAGCAAGCCGCUGGAGCUGGAGCAGGAGCUGCAGGGCCUCUUCGCCCCGCAGGGGCCGGCUGAGCGGCCGCACGGCUGCAGCGAGUGCGGCAAGAUGUUCGGCGUGAAGAAGAGCCUGAAGGUGCACCAGCGCAGCCACCACGGCCAGGAGCGCCCCUACGAGUGCGCCGAGUGCCGCAAGAGCUUCAACUGCCACUCGGGGCUGGUGCGGCACCAGAUGACGCACCGCGGCGAGCGCCCCUACAAGUGUGAGGAGUGCGGCAAGUGCUACAGCCGCAAGGAGCACCUGCAGAACCACCAGCGGCUGCACACGGGCGAGCGGCCCUUCCAGUGCCCCGUCUGCGGCAAGCGCUUCAUCCGCAAGCAGAACCUGCUCAAGCACCAGCGCAUCCACACGGGCGAGCGCCCCUACCAGUGCGCCGAGUGCGGGCGCAGCUUCCGCUACAAGGAGUCGCUCAAGGACCACCUGCGGACUCACAGCGUGGAGCCCCCCGCCCCCCCGCGGCUCCUGCCCCCCCUGGGCGGGGACCCGCUCUCUUGACGGCUCCCCGGCUCCCUUCGGCUCCGGGCCCCGCCCGGCCCAGUCC